AUGGCAGCAUCAACAGGUCGACAGUGGGGUGUCACCCCUCCUAUAUCUACCGCACUACCUACUCCAGAUGAACUUGCCGCAAAUGAUGAUUUGAUUGGGGAAUUGAAGCUGCAGAAUAAUUUCGAAAGUCCGGCGGAGACCGAGCAAAGAAAGCAAGUCUUACAACUCCUUCAGCGUGUAACUGUUGAGUUUGUCAAGGUUGUAAGCCGCAAGAAAGGACUGUCCCCUGCCGCAGUCGAGGCAGCGGGUGGCAAGAUCUUCACUUAUGGAAGCUAUCGGCUGGGCGUGUAUGGACCGGGGUCGGAUAUCGAUACUUUGGUGGUUGGACCGAAGCAUGUCGUCAUCGACGAUUUCUUUGCAGACUUCCCCCCCGUUCUGGAAAAACUGUCCCCUCAAGGCGCUAUUGAGAAGAUGACCCCCGUUCCAGAUGCCUUCGUGCCGAUCAUAAAGCUGGAAUUGUCUGGCAUCAGUAUCGACUUGAUCUUUGCGCGCUUGAUCAUCCCUUCGGUCCCUCUCAACCUCGACUUGAAGAAUAACGACUAUCUAAGGGGGCUAGAUGAGCGGGAGGUGCGUUCGCUGAAUGGAACUCGUGUAACUGACGAGAUCUUGGAGCUUGUACCUCAGCAAAAGACUUUUCGUUUUGCACUACGUGCCAUCAAAUUGUGGGCACAACGUAAGGAUCUUCUUCCACCGAGCUUUUUAGGCGAAGAAAGCGCUAAUACCCCCGCGACGGGAACAGGUCGAGCUAUUUACUCUAAUAUUGUAGGGUUCCCGGGCGGUGUUGCUUGGGCCAUGCUAGUCGCAAGAGUCUGCCAGCUGUAUCCCCAAGCAACUGGCUCCGUGAUUGUCGGGAAAUUCUUUCGGAUCAUGACCAAAUGGGCCUGGCCUCAACCGGUGCUGUUAAAGCCAAUCGAAGAGGGCCCUCUCCAGAUCAAAGUUUGGAAUCCACAGUUGUACCAUGGCGAUCGAUUUCAUUUGAUGCCUAUUAUCACCCCGGCCUACCCAUCUAUGUGCGCGACCCAUAACGUCUCACUGUCAACGAAAACUGUUAUCCUCCGUGAACUUCAACGCGGCGGUGACAUCGUCGACAGGAUAUUUUUGAAGCAGCAGACGUGGAAUGACCUGUUCGCACGACAUACGUUCUUUACUCGCGACUACAAAUAUUACCUCAGCAUUACUGCGUCCAGUAAAACGAAGGAAGCAGAGUCCGUUUGGUCAGGCCUCGUUGAAUCUAAACUUAGGCACUUAGUGGGAGCUUUGGAUAGGAAGCAAACCAUUGCUGUGUCCCACCCGUUCCCGAAGGGGUUCGAAAGGGUUCACAUUGUUAACAAUGACGAAGAAGCAGAAGCUGUUAAGAACGGUUCCACCAAAUAUCAAGAUAAAGGCACCAGGACAGAGACAACUGAUGAGACCAAAGACGCUGCUCAUCAGGCCGCAGCUGAAAACGGUAUCGAGAUGAGGGAAGUCACAGAAACGGUCGAGAAAGCUAACGGUGGGGCCUUGACUAUGUAUACCACAACGUAUUACAUUGGAUUGGAGUUGAAGCCGCUGGAACCAGAUAUCUCGGCCGAUGCCCAAAUAUUCAAAUCCACAUGCACUUCAUGGCCCGGGUACCAGCCUGGCAUCAAUGAUUUGGCGAUCACCCACGUGCGCAACUUCGAUCUGCCCGACGACGUCUUCCAGCCGGGGGAGACGCGACCUGCCCGUCCAAAGAAGAAGGUCAUCAAGAAGACCGAAACAAGCGCCCAGAAACGAGGCAUUGAACAGCUUGACGUAAGUGCUCGCAAAAAGGCCAGAGUGGAUCACGAGCAGCGAACCGCCCAUACGGAAUUCGAGGCUGCGACUAUGACGUGA